UUUCUAUUCCACCCGGUCGCUUUAAUUCCGCGCUUUCUUAGCUCUUCUUGGCGAAAAAUCCAACUUUAAAGAAAGAAUCGGAACUCUCAAAGCCAGACCGGGAAUUUUUUUGGUUUCUAUUCGCCACCGAGCGUGGUCGGUCGUCUCUGACUCUCUCUCUCUCUCUCUCUCUCUCUCUGUCGAGUUCUGAAUUUGGGAGAACACAAUCGUUAAAGGGUAUCUGCUGAAACAUAAAACCCAGAGCAAAAAGGUGAAGAGAAAUAUUUUGUUCUUCCUGUUCUGUGAAAAGUGUUCUUGACUCUCCUCAAGAUUUUGGUCAGCUUUGUAAUCAAAGAAGAGAGAGGGUGCUAACUCGUGGAGAAACUAUAAUAUCUGCGAGCCUAGGGUCCUCUCUCAUAUUACAUUAACCUUUAUCUUCUUUCUGCCAAGAAAGUUUUCUCUGGUGGCUAUGCUUAAUAUAUUGGUUCCUUCUGGAUGAGACUGGAGAAAUACUUUACGGGCUUCAAGUUUAAGAAGAAAUUGAAGCUGCAUUAUGGGUGCUGUUUGUUGCUGUCUGCAAGUUGAGGAUUUUGAAGAAUAUGUAAAUCCUAACAGUUCGGUUUACAGAAACUGUAUCUGCCUCAGAUGCUUUGUUCAGAACUUCAUAAAUGCAUACACAGUGUUAUUCCGAAGAGGGGAGGUGCAUGCUAUCUCUUCAUCAAUUCAGGGGGCUACUUUGACUUCAACAUCAUCAAUUGACAAUUCUAUGUCUGACAUGUACCGUUCUCCUCCAAGGCCUCUGCCUUAUGAUGCUGAUCCCAGACGUUUCCGUUUGCAGCGUGAUGGGCUGGUCUCAAGGCGUGAAAAGGGCUCUAGUCAUUUACAUGAGGAAUCUGAACCACUUAGAUUAAGUGACACAGAUGCAGAUCAAGAAUCUUUAAGUGCAGGAGACAAGUGGAACGGAUCAGAUUGUGAAGGGGGAUCAAAAGAACGUCGUUCUGAAUCCUCACUGAAGCACCCAUUGGCAAAAGUGAUGGGUGGGGUGGGAUAUGUUUAUUCUUCCGCAGAAGAUGAAGAUGUCUGCCCUACAUGUCUUGAUGAAUAUACUCCAGAAAACCCCAAGAUAGUGACAAAAUGCUCUCACCAUUUCCACCUUGGUUGUAUAUAUGAAUGGAUGGAGAGAAGUGACAGCUGUCCAGUCUGUGGAAAGGUAAUGAUGUUCGAUGAAACUCCUUGAUUUCCCUUGAAAGCUUCAAUUAAGAGAUGAAGCCGGCAGACAAACAAGAAAUUGAAAAACAAAACAAUUGUAAAAGUCUUUGUGAAUACCCCAGGUGAAAGAAGUCUUCAUCAAUGAAAUAGUUAUUGAGAGAGGUUCUGAAUACCCUAUUGUAAUUACAUGUUUGAAGAUGCAUGUCUUUCUCUUCCUAUCUUACACAGACCUAUCUGGAUAUGCUUUCUUUAAAUUAGAUUUAUUUACAAGGUAAAUGAAAUUUGAUGGGCUGAAGAGGAAACUUGGAAAACAUGGUAUGGAGAUGUGCUUAUUUCCCCCCUUGUGUUAUAGGCAGGGUUAUCAGAAAUUCUACUACAAUACACAGAAACAAGUGUUGAUUGAAUUGGAUAUUUCAUAAUGAAGCUUUGUUGAUUUUACCAAGAA